AUGGUAAUGCUAUUCCCUAUAUCCACCGCGAUCACAACUCCAUCCCCUUGGUCCUCCGCCGCCAAUGCCGUUACGCUGUUCCCAGGGGACAGCCGUAUUCACCACCUCCCCCGCUCCCACUCCAGCGCCGCUCCCCCGUCCCACCAAAUGCCAGACCGAGAUCCCCCUGGUUGGGCCGCCCUGAUACGGCGGCGCGCCCGCGACGGCCGGCCUGCCGAGGCCCUCGCGCUUUUUCGGGAGAUGGUCGUCGACCACCGUCACAAGCCGGACGACCUGUCCAUCACCGUCGUCCUCGGCUGCUGCGCCUUGCUAGGCGCCGUCGGGUCCGGGAAGGAGGUGCAUGGUUUCAUGGUCCGAGACACCGGAGAUAAAGCUCGCACCGCCGCCUCCGAGAGCUCGCUUGUUGGGUUCUACGCCAAGUGUGGGCUCCUCUCAAGAGCCCGAGAGGUGUUCGACCAUAUGCCCGAGAGGGACGUAGUUUCAUGGACCAUCAUGCUGCUGGCCUAUGUCGAUCAAGAGGAGUGCCAAAGGGAUAUGUAUGCUUUGUUUGUGGAGAUGUUAUAUGGUGGUAUCCUGCCGAAUGGACAUACUUUCACGGUGGUACUGAGUCGGGCUACGCUGGAGCAAGGAGAGCAGCUCCAUGCCCACAUUGUAAAGGGGAGUUGGGACUCGGAUGCAUUUGUUGGCAGUUCACUGGUUGAUUUAUAUGCUAAAAAUGGAAACUUGGGUGGUGCCCAGUUGGUUUUUCAUAGAAUCGAGCACAAGGACGUGGUGUGCUAUAAUAGCUUGAUAUCGGGUUAUGGUAGAGUGGGGUUCGUAGGCGGCUUGAUCUCUCUGUUUGAGGAAAUACUUUUGGUGGGGUUAGUGCCGAACCAGUCUAGUUUUGUUGCGUUGCUUAGUGGGUGUGCUGAUUCUGGAUUUAUGAGUUCAUCUAAGCAAUUCCAUGCUCAAAUUAUAGUGAGGGGGUUGGAAUCUAGUCAAAUGAUUCAAGGAAUCAUUGUUGAUAUGUAUGCAAAGUGUGGAGAUCUGGAAUUAGCCCGUGUUGCCUUCGAUAGAAUUGGCAUUACAAAGAAUGUUGUUGUGUGGAAUUCAAUGAUCAAUGGAUAUGCGAAGCAUGGCCACACAGAGGAGGCUCUUCAAGUCUUUAGUUUGAUGGAGUUGGCUGGGGUUCACCCAGAUUACAUUACUUUCAUAUGCCUUCUAUCUGCUUGCAGCCACUCUGGGUUGGUUGAUGAGGGUUGGAGAUUGUUUUGUUUGAUGGGCAAGGUCUAUGGAAUAUCAGCUCAAAACGAACAUUAUUGCUGCAUGGUUGAUCUCUUGGGGCGGGCAGGGAUGGUACAUGAGGCCUAUGAGUUUAUUUUAAGCAGUAAGUGUGAAUUCCGAUCUUCAGUAUGGGGAGCUCUACUGAGUGCUUGUAGAUUCUUGAAGGAUGUUAAGAUAGGAGAGAUUGCUGCACGGAGACUGUUUGAGUUAGAGCCUACAUGCUCAGGAUCAUAUGUUGGAUUAGCUAGUAUCUAUGCAGCAAUGGGACAGUGGGGUGAUGCUGCUGUGGUCAGAGAACUCAUGGAUGGUAGAGGAAUAAAGAAAGAUCCUGGCUAUAGUUGGAUUGAAGUUGAUGGCGUGGUGCACAAAUUCAGAGCAAUGGAGGGGAUGGGGGGCUAUGACUUUAUGAAUGAGGAUAGCAUAAUUAUUGGUAUUACAUCAGUUUCUUCAUCAGAUCUAGAUUCGAAUAAUGCUCGUAUGUGA